AUGACCAGUACCCCAAAGAAACUAGGACGCGCCUAUCAGAAGAGAGAGACUCAAAGGAUUAUUCUCGACUUUGAGAGAGGCCGAGAAGCAGAGUUGACUAAGGAAGGAGAAGACACAGGGGAAGAUAAUGAGGAACCUGCACAGACGGAUGAACAACAUGAACAGGAAGUUUACAAUGAGAGUGUCAAUGCAGUUCAGAAGAAACUUAACAAAAUCGAGAACAUUGAUCUUUUUCAGUCCGAGAAAAGAUUGUCAAUACAAAGAGAAAAUCUGGAAAAAUUGAAAACUGGAUUUGCUAAUUUGAGAUUAUCUAUGAAAAAGAGCGCUGAUGAAAUAAGUGCAGAAAUUAAUGCUAUAUUGGAUGAUAACUAUGCCAAGCUGGAUAAAAUGGAAAAGUCUGAAUUGGAUGAUAUGAAAAACCAAGAAGUUAAAGCAGAACUCCACUUGAACAAUCUGAAAGAGUUAAUCAACAAAUACAACAGUAAAUUGUCUUCAAGUUGUCCGAGUGAUUUAAUUGUUUUAAGUAAGGAUCUGUCAUUGAUAGAACUUGAUCUGCUACCUGACAUUGUUGAACCAAUUAUACCGGUGUUCACAAGAGGCAAGAUCAACGUAGAUGAGAUAUCAAAACAAUUCGGUGAAUUAAGCAAUGGAAAAACAAUUACUUAUAAACAGUCUCUAAUUCGACUAAUCUCCACAAGUGACUGGCUUCCAUGGUCAUUCUGGAUACCAUUUGCUAUCUCCUCUUCUUACAAUAAUGACAUAUUAGUGGAAAUGUAUAGGACCAAUGAAUGGAAAAUUACCAGGUAUAGCAAGGAAGGGAAGAAGCUCCAGGAUAUCCAGAAGAAUAAUGAAGGAGGGGAUUUAUACAAGAGUAUUUACUAUAUCUCAGAAAACAUCAAUGGCGAUAUUUGUGUUUCAGAUCUUACUGCAAAUAAAGUCGUAGUUGUGACCAGAUUAAGGCAGUUUCGAUUCACUUACUCGGGUCACCACUCUCAGCCUGGAUUUUCUCCUCAUGGAAUUUGCACGGAUGAUUUGGGACAUAUUUUGGUGUGCAAUUCGUUUACUGAUCGCAAUUAUGGGAUUACGUUCUUCUUCAGCGUUCACCUGUUGGAUCAAGACGGACAUUUCCUCACCAGCCUUCGAACACCUAAUCAGAUUCCAUCAGAUCAUUAUGUCGUAUGUGUUGAUGAUCAACAGAAUAUAUUGAUCGGAUCUAGAGGGAGUUCUACACUCACUCUGUACAAAUAUCUCAGUUGA